AAAUAUCAUUUUCUGGUUGCAUACGUCUUCUUUCUGCACUAGUUGGGUAAAUUUGUCGGAGAUGAAAGUUAUUGGGGCGGACUGGGAGAUGGGGUGCCAACACGUUCCUAGCUCUAGUUUCGAGAUCGGAGACCCUAUCAUUCUUGGAAAUUUCGAUUACAAAAAUUUACAUUCCUAUGUUGACUAUUACGGAAACGGAGGUUGA